GGGAGGUCGAUCUGGGCUGCCAGCGCUUCUUCGUCGUCGUCUUCAUUUAUUCUCCUUGAUCCUGCUAAUAAUAAUAUAUCAAACCGGGACAUUUCUUUUUCGCUUCUGAGAUCGGCCUUGCUCCUUCGUCCUUUCGUUCCUCUUUUUCUACACCUCGCUCCUCUGUAUGCAUGCAUGCUUUCUUGUGGCUCUGUGCUCUCCGUUGGGAUACUUUGAACUCCCUGUGUGACACCCUGCGGAUGGCGAUCCAGAGACGCUGAAGCCGCAAAGUUACAUCGUCUCCAUUUAAAAGACGGUGGAAACUUCAAGACGUACCAAACAUCAGCCCACUUUUAUACUUAAGCUGGCCCAAACCCGCACUCAGCGGCUUGCAUCGGUGCGCGCUCAGAAGACAACCCCCCCCUAUGUGGCCGCAUUCAGGCGACACAAGGGGAGACGGACCUUAGCAGAAAACGGCCUCAGAAAAGACACGUUAUGGAUGGGAUCAGAAUGGCAGCCCGACCUGCUGCAACUCCAGCUCCUGACCUGACGGCAAACCCUCCCUUCUCCCCGCAUCGAUCUCCGUCCCCGCCGCCACAACACCGCCGGGGAUAUCAGGCUUGCGACCCGUGCCGGAAACGUAAAGUCAAAUGCGAUCUCGGGAGUGUCGACAACCCCCGCCCACCACCAUGCGUCCGCUGUCGUCGCGAGAGCAAACGCUGCGAGUUCUCAGCCACCAGGCGCAAGCGCAAGGUGUCGGAUGACGAUGACAAGUCAAACGUCCUCCGCAGGGACAAGCGGAUGAUGUCUGCUGAUGGCGCCCUGCCGCCCGACGACGCGACGAAUAAUACCAAGGUUAACGGCGUUACAUCCCAUCUCAGAGGUGCCGUACCACCACCACCCUACGAGCCCGAUGUCAGGCCAUCUGGUCAGCGCCAGUGGGGUGAUUCCCCCUCCGCCCAUCCCCAUCGAAUCUCUCUUCCAAGUAGUCAACCAUACCCCGCUCCGACCUCUGUCCCGUCCGAUCAAUAUCACCAUCCUCUUCCUCGCUCCUCCAGCUUCUCUGGUCACGUACGCCCUAUCCUGACGGGCGUGCUGGACAGCGGGCAGCACGUAAUGAACAAGACUGCCGCUGAGCUGCUGUCACCGGCGAUCAGCAACACCCAUGAUGCACUCCACCUGCUCUCUGAAGCCGCUGGGAGGACGGAGGACUUGAACCGGCAACACAUGGAGUACGGCUACGGUGUUCGCCAUUCCUCCACGUCGACGUUCAACUCGUCUGCCUCUCCGAUGAACCAGGCUGGGACCCCCGGCGGCAAGGCUAGCAGGUCAAACUCCAGCACCCAGCAGGGUGCCCCCAUGGGGUGGUACCAGCAAAACAAAGAUUCAAACACUACCGAUCCUCUCGUCGAAGGGCAUGAGGUUGUUAUUCCUAGUCCACCCAGACCGCUCGAGGAUGUCGAGUAUGCUAAUGCUCGACGAGCGUGGUCGCGCCUUCGAUUCGUCCGAGCAGGAUGGUUCAGUGUGGACGAAGCGAUGGCGUACAUUGCAUACUACUACGAACACCUUGCUCCGCUCAGCCCAAUUGUCAUCCAGAACUUUAGCUCUCCAGCGACCCAUGUAACUCUCCUGACCGAGGAACCGGUCUUGACUGUGACUAUGCUUACAAUAGCUUCUCGUCAUAUGAAGCUAUCUGGUAAUGGCGCUAAUUCUAGAGCAUAUUCUAUCCACGAGAAGCUGUGGUCAUAUCUUCGAGGUAUGAUUGAACGGCUUAUCUGGGGACAAGAGAAGUUUGGCUCAAGUGGCCUGCCAUCCGCGAAGCCUCGUCAAUUCAAUCUAUCCACAUCCUUCUUUGGUCAACAGUCCAAACUAAAUGGCAAUCUACGGUCUCUGGGGACCGUGGAGGCGCUCCUCCUUCUCACAGAUUGGCACCCGCGUGCUCUACAUUUCCCUCCAGGAGACGAUGAGAAUACCCUGCUUGAUACAGAUCCUCAACUGCUUACUCAAGUCAGUGGCACUAAGGAAGAAGAAGGUUAUUCUGAAAACAAAGACCACGGUAGCAGCUCCGAAGGCCGCCUUGCGUUUUAUAAAUGGCUGGAGCCCGUAUGGCGUUCGGACCGCAUGUCGUGGAUGUUAUUGAGUACGGCCCAGGCUCUGGCGUUUGAGCUUGGUGUGUUCGAUCAAAAGAAUGAGCUCAAGGGCGGCAACGAGUGUUCGGCUGAACAUGUGAGAAAACGUCGUGUGCGCCGGUUAAUACUUGUUUAUGUUUCACAGAGCAGUGGGAGGCUAGGUAUUCCGUCAAUGUUGCCUCUACCGCAAUGGAGCUUGAGCACGGAACCAGUUUGUGCGGAUAACCCGAACUCGCGAGAGGCGAAGGAGGAGUUCUCUGUGGACUUGAUGCAGGAUUGCUGGCUGGACAUCUCUAAAAUAAUGUACAACAGCAACCAGGUGCUCUUCCCGUCUAAGGAGUACACGACGAAUUUGAUCAAAACAGGUCAGUAUCGGGACAGGAUAGCCGAAUUCAUCCCGUCUCUUAGGGAAUUCAAGCAGAAGUGUGAUCGGUUGCCGAUGUCUCAGGAUAUGCGUCUCAUAUUGACAAUCGAGUACGAAUAUACCCGAUUGUAUGUGAACUGCUUGGCGCUGCAAGCUGUGGUCGAUCGUUGGACGACCAUGUCCAACGAGGGUUCUUCCAACAUGGGCCAAAACCAGUCCAGCGGGACAGCUACUGGGCAGAACUCAAAUUCAGGAACCGUUCCCUUACGUGUUCUCAUGGAUCAGUAUGAAGUCAACGAGCCGUACAUUCAGGAGGUGGUGGAUGCCUCUCGAAAGAUAUUGCAGACAGUGCUGGAAGGCUUGGUUCCUGGGGACCGCUUGAAGCAUGCACCCGUCCGAACAUUCUUUAGGAUACUUUCUGGAAUGAUCUUUAUUUUGAAGACAUUUACUUUGGGUGCAAAAGAAGACGACGUGAGAAUAUCACUCGAACUUCAAGACCGCACCAUCGAAUCCUUACGAACCUGUAUAGUGGACGAUGUCCACCUAAGUGUAACCAUAGCAGAUCUUCUUCAGCUGCUUACGUCGAACAUCCGAACGAGGUUUUUGCGGUUCGCACCUUUUGACCGCGUGGAUUGCAGCAGUCGAGAACGCACCCCUCUACCAGCUUCCCGACAGCAGUCCCCGCAAGCGCGCGACAGCCAGAGCGACAUCCGCUGGCAGACGAACCCUCUAGGCCAAGGCACAGGAAACUUCCAAUUCGACAACUCCAACCACAGCAGCUCCGCGCCAUCCACCACCAACGAUCCACUCGCCAGCAUCCCCGCACAACCGAUCAAUUCCUCCAACAUUAACGUAUCCUUUAUGCCACCUCCACCGUCCGUCUACUAUAACUACUACGACCACAGCGCUUCUCCGAAGAUGGAAGUCGACGACCCAACGAUAGCUCCGCAGUCGAUCAGCACCAGCGGGCCAGGAUCGAAUUCGAAUACCAUGUCUGAUUGGUUUGCCUUGCCUCUUGACCAGUUCUUCAACAGUUCUACGGCUGGCGUUGACCAGGGACUCGGCGGUACCGGGCCCAUGGUCGGCGAGUUCGACAUGUUGGAAGUGUUGCUGAAAGACCAGUAUACCGACAGCGGCGCCGGUGGUAGCGGUGGUGGAGGAGCAGGAGGGGGCGGUGGCGGUGCUGGCAACAGUGGCUCCGGCGGAGCUGGCGGCUCGAACGGCGCCGGACUGUCGUCUCAAUUUCUUUGA